AUGGCUGACACAUCGGGUAACGCGCUGAAGCGUCCUCACCCUGAGGAUCAACACGACAACUCCCAGAAGAGGACCCGCUCCAACCAUGGGUCCCCAGUACCAGGUCAAGGAGGCGCUGCCCCAGGCAAGCCAGAUAUCGCGAAAAUAAUGGCAGAAGCAAGGGCAAAGGCAGAAGCUGUGCGCGCUCGGCUACAAGCGCAUCAUGGUGGCGUGAAAGCAACACCAACACCGCCAGCACCAGCACCACCCGCACCAGAUUCUGCAAGUCCUACUCCACCACCGCCGGCUCCUGCGAUGUCGAAGCUUGAACAGAUGAAAGCCCGAGUUGCUGCAGCUACUCAGCGAGCCAGCGCACCCUCCCAGGCACGACCCAGUGCACCAGCAUACCAACCACCAACGCAUGACGACGAGGGCAUAUCGAAGGCUCGCGGUGGUCUAGACGUUGGCCUUCAUCCCGCGCUCCUCUCUGAUGCCGCACCAGAAUAUCGUGGGGCAAAUGGACGACCGACUAAGCCAAAGCGUGCUGGUGGGCCCCAGCUUGAUCUGUCUGGUCCGUCUGUGGAAGAAAUCAGGAAUAACCCUUACUUUGACCCGGCAAUCAACCCAAAAGCAACGAUUGCGAAGCCCCGUCAAACCCGAGAGCUCCUAUUCAAUCAAAAGGGCAAAUAUAUCCACCAGGCAGCGGCUCUGCGCAGACAAGCACAGCUGGAAGCUAUGAAAAAAAGAAUUGCAGAGAAAUCGCGACAGGCCGGACUUGAUGAGGAUGUGGAUGUGGAAAAGGCAUUCCUUGUUCCUGCUCCCCCCGAUGUAGAGUGGUGGGAUGCAAAAUUAGUUGAUGGCAGCGACUAUGACGCAAUUGAUAACCAGGAAAACAUCAAACUCGAUACCCUCAACAGCUAUAUUCAGCACCCUAUCGAGCUCCAACCCCCCCAAGAGAAGCACAUGCCUGCGCAAAAGCCCAUGUUCCUUACCCCGAAAGAACAAGCCAAGAUUCGUCGACAGCGACGCAUGGCGGAUCUGAAGGAACAGCAAGCCAAGAUCAGACUGGGACUCGAGGAAGCACCGGCUCCAAAGGUCAAGAAAUCCAAUCUCAUGCGGGUUUUGGGAGAACAGGCCGUGAAGGACCCCACGGCUGUGGAAGCUCGUGUGACCAGGGAGAUCGCAGAUCGGAAGGAAGCACACGAGAUGACGAACGAAGACCGCAAACUGACCAAGGAGCAACGGCGCGAAAAGUUGGAGGCUCAGAAGGAGAAGGACGCCUCUUUGGGCAUCUUCCAAUCUGUGUAUCGAAUCGAUAGUCUGGCGAGCGGCCGGAACCGCUUCAAGAUCGGCAAAAAUGCAGAGCAAAAUAAUCUGACAGGCAUGUGUGUCAUGCAUCCCCGGUUCAACCUGGUGAUUGUCGAAGGUGGCCACCACUCCAUCAACAAUUACCGAAAGCUGAUGUUGAACCGCAUUGAUUGGACCGAAAACCCUGGAUCCGAUCGAGUACCUGCAGACAGCCCUGAAGCUCAGGUUUCAUGGUUAUCUACUGAGGAUGAUAAGGGAGAGCCCCGGGAUUUCAGCGCGAACACGUGUAAUCUCCUCUGGGAAGGUCAGACCAAAGGCCGGGCCUUCAGGAAAUGGUUUGGUGCUCGUAUCUGUGAAACAGACUCGGCUGCCAAAGCAGCGCUGUCCCGAUCCAAGAUGGAGAACUUCUGGACACUGGCGAAGAGUGCCAAGCCAGCUGAAUAUUAA